UCAUUCGCGAAAGGCACUAGUACACUUCUGCAGGCUUUGCGCAGUUUUUUAAGAGCAAUGUCUCAGGCUUACGUUGUGCAGUUUAACAUAAAUGACCUUCAUUCUUUUGCGAACGAUGUAACAUGUAAACUAUACUGGAGGAUCUGCAGAUGAAAGAAAUAGCAAAAUACAUCGGAUCGGAAGUUUAUGGUGUAGAAAAGUUUUGUCGUACUUUGGACAUGGCUUGUUCUCCCACGUACAGCCAGGAAAAUACAUCCUCAGGAGAAUCGGAUGAUGAGCUAUUUUUUGUUGGGGUGUCAGAUAUCGCAAAGCAAGUUUCCCCUCUGAAGCUUAGAGACAAAGCAUGGUCAAACCACAAAGGAACAAGAAAGCCUGUGAAAAUUUGUCCACCCAGUCCCACAUUGCCACAGAUGAGACCAGCAGGCCGCAGUUUCUCCUGUGAACCCCCUCCAAAACCCAUCAUCCAGAGACGGACACAGUCUCUACCGUCGCCUUCAGAAAGGCGGAGACUCAAUCGUAGGAUCGGCGUCCGAUUCGUGGACUCGCUGGGAAUGGACCUAGAAAAUGUUAAGGUUUUCAGAAGUGGAGAAGACCCGUUUGUACCAGAACAUGUUCUCUUUAGACUUUUGAUGAAUGCAGAACUAGCAGCCAACAAGAGCUUGGAGAUUUCCCUACCAUAUCUGAAACCUGUAUUCCCUGAGCAACCUGGUGACUGUUCAAAUUUCCUGGAUCGUCUGGCUAACCAGCAAGUGUGCUUGGAACGUGUAUUAUGCUACGAGCCAGGCAUCAUUGGGAUCGUCCAAGUGGUCAACCUGGCCUUUGAGAAAGAGGUUAUCAUCCGUUAUUCUUUCACAAACUGGAAGAGUUGUGCGGACAGCAAGGCUUCAUGGGUUGCCAAUAAAUACGUGGAAGGCCUUCCCAGCGGAUGUAGCUGCGACAGUUUCCGGUUCCAUCUUCCGGUUCCACCGUUCAUCUUACACCCUGGAGCAGUGUUGGAGUUUGCAAUCUGUUAUAAAGUGCAGGGGACUCAGUUUUGGGACAACAAUGAGGGACAAAAUUAUAAGUUAAUCUGCCAGAGCUACAAAAUCCCUGUGCCCAAGGAAUGUGAAGAUAGCAUGAUACAUUUUGUCUGAGUGCUCUGUAUACAUUCAUUGGCCACUUCAUUCACUACACCAGCUUUUGUAUUUGGUAAACUUGUAUACUGUAAAUGCAUGAUAUUUGGGUAUUGGACCAUUCUCAACACAUCAGUGACACUCACAUGGUGGUGGGACAGUUGUGUGUGGUAUUAGCAGGAGAGUCUUGGGCACAGGAGUGUUUCUUAGGUAUUAGCACUACGUACACUUAACCUAAUAAAGUGGCAACUCAGUGUCUGUUAUUCACCAGCACAUGUAUUAUAUGCAAAUGCAAAUCAAGUAACUAUCCUUUUGCCAAAACCUAUGGCGUAGCGCACGAAAGACACAGAGCUCAGGUAUACAAAUAACUACCAAGACUAUAGAUUGUUGUAUAUAGCUGUGCCACCAGCCUGACUUUUUGUCAUAGAGCAACCAUAUGAUGUCCAGUAUUUGUUUAACUUCAGCUAAAACUACUGAAUAGAAUGUAGGCUAAAAAUGUGAGUUACAAACUUCUAGGUCACUAUUUGCCUAAUCCUCUUUUAUCUGAAGUGCCUGAGAAAUGGUUAAUAAGUCCGUAAAUGACAUUGAAAUCACAGUUUUGUAAACUAAACAAUAAAUUCUUUACACCACUCAGUGUUAUUUUCUUGUUGAACUGUAGCGACGUGCAGUACGUGAGAGUCGUUUUUUAAGCUGAAUCAUUGAAUCAUUUAACUGAACCGGAUCACUAAAUGACUCGUUCCGCGCCCUGCACUCGUUCAAGAUUUCUUCGUACUCUUUCAGAUGAAAAAGAACGCAGUUUUUUUCAAAUGUUUAUUAAUGCAACAGUCCUCAAAUAAUAAAUAAAUAAUAAAGUACCUUGUCCCAAUUAACGAUAUGCCUGGACCUUAUUAUAUAGCUGAUGUGAUAGAUCAUACCAAAGGGA